GACGGUGAGUUCUAGUGCUGCCUUAGGCAUGGAAUCCAGCUGGAUGACUUUGGCCAGUCCCUCUCUCUCAGCCCACCCCAUCUCACAAGGUUGUUCUUGCGGGAGACAAGGAAGAGGAAGGAGUAUUAGGAAAGUCCCUCAAAAUAUGAAGAAUCCUGAGCAAACAGCAAGGAAAAAGAACAAAGCUGGAGAUCCUAAUUGUGGCCAGGAUAUUAUAAUCGAAAGCCCCAAAAGCCGCUGUUCAGAUUCAGGCAAAAAGGUCAGGCCCAAAAAAUUAAAACGCUUGGCAAAACAAACGAGUUCAGAACUGCCAGACCCAAAGAAGGAAGCAGGGGCAAGCUCUCCCGUGGUUGCAGAAAGCAGCUCAGAUUUAGAAUGGUUAACAGGCGCCAAGAAAAGAAACAAGGCGUUCAAAAAAGAGAAAAGCCGAAAGCUUUUUUGUAUACAGGUCCAAAACGCCGAGCAUCCGGAUAAAGAGCAGCCUGGUAUCGAUCUUCACGCCGGUAAGAAAGGCUCCGAGACCUUUGGCAGCAGGCGAGACGAAAAAGACUCCGCAAUGAAAAAGAAAAAGAAGAAAAAACGGAAAGACAAACCUGUUUGCCUUGAGUUUUUGCACCGCGAAGAGCCUGUGAAACAAAUCUCUGGAGAACUGGAACCCGGUUGCCAAGAAAUGCCCUCCGGUCGGAAAAAGAGGAAGACCGUCGAGCAGAAAGCGGUGGGGGAAGAAGUCGAAAAGAAACACUUCGAAUACUACGCGGGCGACCCAGGGAACGUUUCAAAAAAAGGCAAGUGUGAAGAUGGCCAAAGUGGGGAUGGACUUCUGCAACGACAGAACGAUUUGGCCCGUAGAUCAGAAAAAGACAGCAAGGCCAUCAAGAAGAAGAAGAAGAAGCUGAAUAAAUUAAAGCCUGCUUCAUUUUCCUGCUUAGCCACGAUCCAGGAAAACCCCUGUGAUAUGAUGAGGGAAUGUAGCCUAAAGUGCAGAUCUGGGAAAGAGGCAGGGGGCUGCAAGACCCCUAAGGGAGUUAAUAAAGCAGCAGAGAAGGAGGUGAGAAGGAAAACUGGAAAGGCAUGCCGUUUUGCAGGAGCUAGCCGAGACAUUUCAUCGAAUGUGGGAGCGCCAGGAGGGAAGGAAAAGCGAAAGAAAGCAAAGAAACGCAAAGUGGAACAAGAUGACCAGGACGGAUUGGAGGACGGCCAAGCACAGCCGGUCAAGAAAAAAAGGAAAAACAAAGACGUUGAAAACUCUCGAGAUGGCGGGAAGAAAGUAAAGAAGGAGAAGGAAACGAAGAAACAGAUCACAGAAGACGAAAUAAAACUGGUGGCAUUCAGAAAAGGAAACUGCGAUGAAGUGAAGAUAGACAAGCUGAGACGGCAAGCGCUUCAAGAAGAGAUCGACCGGGAAUCCGGCAAAACCAAGAUUGCUAAGGAAGGUUCGGACAAUCGUCUGGGCCAGUGGAGCACCGCAACAUUGGAAACUCCGGAGCAAACGACCAAAUUCCACAGACUGAUGGGUGGGUUUAAACAAGGCUUCGCCCCAGCUCAGAGUUCUCCAGCAAAUGCUAACAAAUCAAACAUGGCCCUGGUCCGUCCCAGAGAACAAGAACUGCAUCAUAACCUCGAAGCACAAUUCAAGAAAGCCGUGGAGUUUAAGCAACAUCGAGGAAUCGGCCUGGGGUUCCAGUCCAGUACUUCGCACGGUGUUCACAUAGACAAAUACGCUUCCAAAUCUAUUAAAUUCGAAGCCUGACCCUAUGAGGAAGGGAAGGAUAAAUUGCCCAAAUGAGGCUGGGGGUUUAAUUAUUAUUAUUUUUUUAAAUCUACAACAGGGAAACAACCCUGGAUUUCAACCCAGCUGCUGUUCUCAAAACAGGAGAUAAACAGCUGCUUGGCAGGUUUAAAGGGCCAUGAUUGGCUGGUUUAGGAUGGGCAACUACGGUCGUUUAACAGUAUAAAUAAGUGGCAGGUAAGAAUAAAAUGUAUGUUAGCUCAGAGCCACGCAACCUUUCGUUUGCCUGCAGUCCCAAUUUUUGCUAUGCCACUGAAUCUUAGGGACAGAAUGGGAAGUUUGUCUGUCCAACACCUGGGCAAAUGACUACAUAGAUUCACAGUUCUGGCCUCAGUGUUGUGCUCUUCCAUCAUACAUUUACUCUGUCUCCAGGGAAGAAAAGCGUUAUUUUAGUGGCUACAUCAGUUUUAUUAAAUGCUUUUUUCUACAAUU